UCCUCCUACAAACCCAGAUCCCUCUCCGAGCUCUCCCUCGCCGUCGCCUGCGAAGAAUCUGGAAUCUCGAGCCGAAUCCUACCUCAGCCACUCCUCACAAGCGUCCUCAACUCCAUCAUCGUCCUCCACACCUGCGAAAUCCCACCCCCCACCCUCUUCCCUGCAUCUCUAGAAGAUAUCAAUAAUCUUGUCCCCCGGAUUCUGAUUAGGGAUCCACGGUUGGUCAAAGGAAGCUUGCUUGUCGAUUUCGAGCUUCAGAAGCGGCAGAGGGUGAUUGUGGAAACGAUUGUUGGUCUGCUGCCGACUCAAUAUAGGAAGAGUCCUGACCCCAUGUCGUUCCUCUCUGGUUUACUAAAGACGGCAAUAGCUACCUCGACAGCUAAUUCCUAUAGAUCUUAUUUGGAGAGGAGGAUUCGGCUUCAGCUUGACCAGACCAUCCUCGAAGACUUUCUGAUUCCCACACAUGCGCAUGGAGCAAUAACCACCACCACGGCGCCGCGACUACAAGAUACGGAUUCCAUUCUCCGAAUUUUGGUGGUCGCUGUGGUGGACAGAGGGGAGAAGGGUGAUGAUGAUGGCCUAGGGACAGCCGAUUCAAAAUGA